UCUUCCCUUCGGUGAGUCCUGGUCCGCCCGCAGCAGUCUCCUUCCCGGCGCAUUUUCACUACAGAGAUGGCUGCGAAAGUGUGCAGAUCGGUACUCCUGUUGUCCCGGAGCAGCGGAGCGGUGGCCGGAAGCCUCCCCGCACUUGUCGUCUCUUCACAGCGGCAUCAUCAGCACAUAAGACCGCAGGAUGUACUGUCUGCUUCUUUCACCCGUCAGACUGUCAGGAGAGCACAUGGCCUACGGUCAGCAGCCCACUCCACACUCUUCACCCAGCCUCCCACUGCCCUGUCUCCACAGGUUUGGCGGGGCGGACCCUCAUGGCAUGGCCAGAGACUGUUGUGCUCCUCCGCUGCUCCAGAAGAGGUGACAGUGGUGUAUCAGAACGGGCUGCCGGUGAUCUCAGUCAGUUUGCCAUCCAGGCGAGAGCGCUGUCAGUUCACCCUCAAGCCUCUAAGUGACUGUGUGGGAGUAUUCCUGCAACAGCUCCAGGCAGAGGACAGAGGCAUUGACCGGGUAGCCAUCUACUCCAUGGAUGGAGCAAGGGUGGCCUCCUCCACAGGUAUAGACAUCCUGCUGCUGGAUGAUUUCAAGCUCGUCAUUAAUGAUACCACACACCUCGUGCGGCCACCACGGAGGGAGCUGCUGCCCCACGAGGAGGCAGAAAGGCUGAAUGACGUUAAGUUUCUGGUGCAGCAGCUGUACACCACCCUACGCAUCGAGGAGCACCAACUUAGCAAAGAGCGUGAUCUGAUUGGACGACUGGAGGACCUCAACUCACAACUUCGCCCCCUAGAGAAGGUGAAGGAGGAGUUGAGUAAGAAGGCAGAGCGGCGUACCACCUGGGUGCUGUGGGGGGGCAUGGCGUACAUGGCCACCCAGUUUGGGAUUCUGGCCCGGCUCACAUGGUGGGAGUACUCCUGGGAUAUCAUGGAGCCCGUCACCUACUUCAUCACUUAUGGAACAGCCAUGGCCAUGUACGCCUACUUCGUGCUUACACGCCAGGAGUAUGUUUACCCCGACGCUAGAGAUAGACAGUAUCUGCUGUUCUUCCACAAGGGGGUGAAAAGGACACGCUUCGACAUUGAGAAGUACAAUAAGCUGAAAGAGGAUAUUGCCGAGGUGGAGUUGGAUCUGAAGCGUCUUCGGGACCCGCUACAGCUCCAGCUCCCAGUUCAGCAGCUCACCGCCAGUAAAGAUUGAUGGAAAGAGUGACUCCCUCCUCUCUCAGCUCCUACAAGCCCCUUUCCCUCUUCCCUCCGACCGUCCAACACCCUUCUCCCUCCCCUUUUACCCCCAACUAUUUCUCAGACUCCUCCCUCCCCUCACCCGGUCCCUCCCACAUCCAUGAUCCCAUCCCUUUCUUAACUGCGGGAGUUAGUUUUUUUCUCUUAAUUAUUUUUUUUAAUUUUAAUUUUUUUUCUGUUUUCUUUUUUGUUUCGUUUUUUUCUUUUUACUUUCCUGACUGAAAACUCUAGCUGGAAUUGCAAGUGAAAAACAUUAAAAGACGAAGAAGGAUGGUGAGAAUACCAGGGACUUAAAAACACGUACAGCUGAGGUUGAUGAGGAUGAUGAAAUGGACGACGAAGACGAUGAUGAUGGAAUAAAACUGGGCACUGUGGAUAUUAUCACUCCUCUAGACGCUCCAGGACAGACGACAUGCAGAGGGGCAUUGUUGAGUUUGGUUGUGUCUUUGUUUGUGUGUCUUUGUGUGUGUG